AUGGUGUCUACGGAGAGUAGUACGCUCAGCUCUAUCAGAGGGUCUGAUAAAGUGCCCAAAUCUUAUCACAAAAAUGAUGCUUUUGAUUCCGAUGAAAAAGUUGAUGCGGAAGCGUACCUGGCCAAGAAUAUAGAGCGAACCAUAAGUGAAUCCAGAAGUAUCCAAAAGGUCGUUUCUGGUCUCGAAGAAAAAGGUGGAGCCUUGGGUGAGUUGGAACAGCCGUACGACUUGAAAAAAUUUCACUCUAGAGCAGACCCCUCUUCUGACUACAACGAAAACGAUCCAUGGAAGUACCCAAUAGACCAACAAACCGAACUUCGUAUUGUGGAGUUUGUAGAGGGUGACAAGGAAGAUCCUAAAAACAUGGGCUAUGGAAGAAAGUGGCUCCUUACAUUAAUUUUAGGUUCCAUUUGUUUUGUUGUGGCUCUCGGUUCUGCAAUUGUGACUGGUGAUCUCGAGGGGCCUCGAAAUGAAUUGGGUGUUUCAGAAGAGGUGAUUAUUGUGGCUUCUGUUACCACCUUUGUGCUUGGUUUUGGAUUUGGACCAUGUAUAUUUGCUCCAAUGUCAGAAGAAGUGGGCAGGAAACCGGUGUACACGGUAACGUUGGCAUUGGGACUCAUAUUUAUCAUUCCUUGUGCUUUGGCCAAGAAUAUUGAAACACUUUUAAUUUGUCGUCUUAUAGAUGGAAUUGCAUUUUCCGCUCCAAUGACUUUAAUCGGUGGAUCUUUGUCAGAUAUUUGGCACAGCAGUGAGAGAGGACAAGCCAUGGCUAUUUUCUCUGCAGCUCCAUACCUUGGACCUGUCAUGGGUCCGAUUUUUGGAGGUCUUUUGGGCGACUAUGCACCAACUUGGAGAUGGAUUUAUUGGACCUUUUUGAUCGUGGCAGGUUUCUUUUACGCUGUUCUUACUAUAUUUGUUCCUGAAACUCAAGCCAGUACUCUUCUUAAACGCAGAGCAAUAAAGUUAAGGAAAGAAACUGGUGAUCAACGUUACAAGACCAUUGGAGAAUUAAAAGUGAGAACUUUUAGCCAAGUUGCCCUGGACUCUUUAUUGAGACCUUUCUUAUUAUUGAGUGAGCUUAUUGUGUUUCUAAUCACCAUUUUUAUGGCUGUCAUUUAUGGAUUGUUGUACAUGUUUUUCUUUGCCUAUCCAAUUGUCUACAUGAAGGACAAAGGUUGGUCUGCUUCCAAAACAGGAAUUAUGUUCAUUCCCAUUGGAGUGGGAGUGAUCCUCGCCACCUUAAUUGCACCUUAUGUCAACAGAGACUACAAUAGAAGAGCACAAGUGUAUCGUGAUAGAGGUGAGUUACCGCCAGCUGAGUUAAGAUUGAUUCCUAUGAUGGUUGUAUGCUGGUUUAUUCCCAUUGGUUUGUUUUGCUUUGCAUGGUCCUCAUAUACGAGAAUCUCAUGGGCAGGUCCUUGCUUCAGUGGACUCGCAGCAGGGUUUGGCUUCUGUGCUCUGUAUAAUCCAGCCAAUAAUUACAUCGUGGACUCUUACCAACACUACGCUGCAAGUGCAUUGGCUGCGAAAACUUUGGUGAGAUCUAUCUGGGGUGCUUGUGUCCCCUUAUUCACCAUUCAGAUGUACAAUAGGUUGGGAAACCAGUGGGCAUCAUCAUUAAUGGGAUUUAUUGCUUUGGCAUGUUGCUUCAUUCCGUUCUUGUUCUACAAAUUCGGUGCCCGAAUUAGAAAGUUUUCAAGGUAUGCUUAUUCACCAGAGUCGGAAAAACACUGA